AUGAAGGAGAGGAUAACGUAUUUGCUCCAUGUGGGCGAGGACGCCUUUGAUCCCGCCAGGCUCACAGUCAGCAAACAUAGCCUGGCGGUUCCCCCGCUCAAAGCUGCCAAGGAACACCGGCUCACUCUCGGCUUGUCCGAGCUCCCGCCAGAGCUCCUUCCCGUUCUCAAACAAACCCACGAGCUGCAUAUCCGCUGGGCUACGUCGCAACCUUACACCUCGACUCCGCCCUACGUUUCCCGUGUUUCUCCCGGCCUCCAUGCCUAUUUCACGCCGCGCAAAGGCAAGAGAGCAGAUGGCCUCUGUUCGGCCUUGAAGACGACCUUCGGCCAUGAGUUGGAUUGCGAAACCCCGUCGGACACCUUCAUUGGCGUUCCCAUCCUUUCCGAACGCUUCUCUAUGUCUGCAUCCAGUCAAUAUCACAGCCUUCUUCCGUCUUUGCAGAGUCUCGUCAGCUACGUCUCGGAGAAAUUCUGCACUGCCGACGACUGCAAGGCAAAGGCGUCGUCUCUGUUGUCUGCAAGCUACGUAGAUUUUGAUUUUGAUGCCAUCUCCAACGCUCUGAUCAUCAACGCCUUCUGGGCCGAGGGGCCUACCGAGGGAGGUUUAUGGAACGAAGAAAUCUCCCGCGGGAAGGCCGACACCAUGGAAGUUGGCGUCUUGAACAACGAAGUUCCGCUCGAGCCUGAAGAGCUGUCUCUUUCCGGCUUCCUCACCGUUGUCGGCGACGACACAAAAGCUAAACCUACACUUUUCUCCUUCCCCUCUCGCCACCACCCUCUUCCCUCAACCGCACACCCCGUCCAUCCCACCUACUAUACUACAUUCAACGAACCGACCGGCCUGCACCCUACCCUCAAGCUUUCAUUUCCUCAACCCAAGAAGACUCUCACCCCGCCCGGGCCUUCGUGUCUCUUGCACGCCUACGUGACUCUCCCCUCUACCUUCUUCCUCGACAAAUACCAGUUCUCCGACCCACUUUACUUAGCCUCCCACAAUCUCCGCAACAUUUUCGCCCACGCCGGCGCCACCGAUCUCGAGGCCCCCGACUGGGUGGUCCCUCAAUGGGGCAGCGUCGCCCUCUUCGAGCUCGCUCACCCCGUCCCGCACCCCGACGACCCGGAUCCAGCUCCCCCGAGCGCCGACGCUGCCGUCUCCGACUCAGUCGACGACGAUACCAGCUUCGAGGCCACUAUCCCCUUGCACCUGCGCUACCUCCCGCCUUCUGCCAACAGCUCCGGCCUCGUCAACGCCUCGUUGCCCUGGCCCACCGUCUUCUGGACGUGCCCGGCCGAGGAAGGCUCCAAGAUGAACGUGAACCCUUUCGACCGCACCAACCUCGGCUACGAAGGGCUAUUCGGGAACAGGGCCAUGUUCUACCACGUGCCACCGGCGAAGGACGGUGGAGCGGGCGAGGGCGGGUUGGUCGAGACACUGAAGGUGCCCGUGUUGGACCUGGAUCGGGCCUGGUAUGUUGAGUACGGGACUGUGGCUGCGGUUGUGCUGGCGACUGCAUGGUUGUUGAUGAAAUUGGGUGGUGUGGUCAAGAAUGCCGGCUUUGGGCGAGGCAAGCCCGUGGCUGCUGGCGUUAAGAAGAGCCAGUAG